CUCUGUUGGCGACAUAAUGCUUGUUCUUGAAUUUUGAUGUAUUGUACGGGCUGGUAACCCUCGAAAGGUGUAGUGCAGCUAGUGAUGCGGAUAUCCUUAAUUUGCUUACGAAAUUCUAUGAACUUUUUGACAGAAAGAUAUUGGUGUAAAUUAAAUUAAUGAUUCGAAAUCUACUUAACUACCAUCAAUGAAGAGAUGAUAGCCAUCAGACUACUUUUCAUAUUUCCCUUUGUUACAUGGACUACUGUAGAAAGUACACAAAGAUUAAAUGAAUAUAUACAGUAUUAUGAACCUCUAAAUUAUAAUACAAAGAAAGUUCAUGAUAAUCAUUUACGUGCCAAGCGAUCAGCUGAGUCCAAUUCAUAUGUUCAUUUGAAUUUCCAUGCUCAGAGGCGGCGUUUCAACAUACGUUUAAAACGUGAUACUUCAAUAUUUUCAAAAAAUUUUGUUGUUGAAACUCCAGAUGGAGAACAUCCAGAUUUUGACAUGUCACAUGUGUAUGAAGGACACAUGCCAGAUGAACUGGGCAGUGUUGUGUAUGGUUCUAUACGCAAUGGCAUUUUUGAAGGCAAAAUUCAUACUAGAAAUCAAACAUAUUACGUAGAACGUACUCAUAAAUAUGGACUGAAAGAUCAGCCAUAUCAUUCUAUCAUAUAUUCUGAGAACGAUGUUCGUGAUCCUUAUACUGCUAAGAGAGAAGAUCACAUUGGUGGGUGUGCAGGUACUGGAAAAAUCUUGCAGUGGAUGCAGGACAUCAGCACAUCUGCAGUACCAGAAGAAAGAAAAAGUUAUAAAGAUGAUUCUGAGAAGCAAAGUGACAGUGAAACCAAAGAGCAUGAAAAUAUGAUACGAAGGAAGAGAAGUACAGCAUUCACUAGAAAUUAUCACAAUAUUUAUACAAGAGACGCACAACAAUACACUCCAUAUUCAAUGAAAGAAACAAAUACCGAAAAACGUGCCUGUUCACUAUAUAUUCAAACAGACACUUUUUUAUGGGACCAUAUUAGAAAUUAUGAACUUUCCGACACAAACAUUCGUGAAGAAAUAACUUCAUUAGUGUCGCAGCACAUCAAAGCUGUAAAUCAUAUAUAUGAAAAUACAGAUUUUGAUGGUUUUCGAGGAAUCAAAUUUGUUGUUCAGAGGAUAAAGAUCAACGACUCCAGAGUUUGUGAACCUAGAGUCAAACGUGCCAAUCCUUUUUGCUCACCCAAUAUAGAUGUUUCAAAUUUUUUAAAUUUGAAUUCUCAGUUUAAUCAUGAUGAUUUUUGCUUAGCUUAUAUUUUUACAUAUAGAGAUUUCUCUGGUGGUACUUUAGGAUUGGCAUGGGUAGCCUCAGCAUCAGGUAACAUCGGUGCCUCUGGUGGUAUUUGUGAAAAGUACAAAUCUUACACUGAAAAUAUUGCUGGACGGCAAGUGCAGACUAAACGAAGUUUAAAUACAGGAGUCAUAACUUUUGUUAAUUAUAACAGUCGUGUUCCACCAAAGGUUUCAGAGUUGACACUAGCUCAUGAAAUUGGCCACAACUUUGGGUCUCCUCAUGACUAUCCUAAAGAGUGUAGGCCAGGUGGUGCUAAAGGAAAUUAUAUCAUGUAUGCUAGUGCAACUUCUGGUGACAGACCUCACAAUAAUAAAUUUUCUGAAUGUAGUAUUCACAAUAUCAGUGCUGUUCUUCGAGCUGUAUUCAGCAAUGAAGGCAAAGAAAAUUGUUUUGAAAAGGAUGAUGGAGCUUUCUGUGGGAACAAGAUUGUUGAAGAUGGUGAAGAAUGUGAUUGUGGAUAUGAUGAAAAAGAAUGUACAGAACUGUGUUGCUAUCCUAAAGAAGUUGGUAAAUUCUUAAACCUUGGGGAACCUGCACUUCCCUGUCGUCUAAGGCCACGUCAUGAAUGCAGCCCAAGUCGUGGACCAUGUUGUGAUACAAACUGCCAUUAUGUUAACAAAGGAACAUUGUGCAAAUCUGAAUCAGACUGUACAAAACAAUCACGCUGCGAUGGAUUUGCUGCAGAAUGUCCACCACCUGUAGCCAAACCUAAUCGAACAAUAUGCAACGAAGGUACCCAGGUCUGUUGGAAUGGAGAAUGUAUUGGUUCCAUUUGCCAGAGAUAUGAUAUGGAGGAAUGUUUUCUGACUGAAGAACAUUUAGCCAAGCCUGAACAAAUGUGUGAAGUAGCUUGCCAAGACCCAGGUAAAGAAAAUACAUGUCGAAGUACUUAUGUUAUAUCAAAAAUGAAAAAUAUAAGUGGCAUUAAAUUGCGACCUGGGUCACCAUGCAAUGACUUCAAAGGUUACUGUGAUGUGUUCCAAAAGUGCCGUGCUGUUGAUGCAGAAGGACCUCUGGCAAGGCUGAAAAAUCUUCUCUUCAAUCAAAAGACAUUAAUGACUAUUAAACAGUGGGUUACGAGUUGCUGGUGGGGAGUUUUGCUUUCUGUUGUUGCAUUUGCAAUAGUCAUGGGCAUAUUCAUAAAAUGCUGUGCCGUCCACACCCCAAGCAGUAAUCCAAGAAGAGCACCUGCUCUCAGAAUAACGGAUACUUUACGACAUCCUGCUGAUACUCUAAGAAGAAAACGCCACCGUCAUCAACAGCCACCACCUGGACCACCACCUCCUUAUCCUGGGCCUAGGCCCUCAGCUCCUCCAGCUCCAGGCCCUUCUAUUGCAGGACCUUCUCAUGGUUAUGGGGAAGGCCGUGGGCAUUAUAAUCGCCGGGACAAAGCUCAGCAGCCUCCCCCAACACGGAACAAGAAUCGUGUUGAUGACCAUGCUUAUAUCUAUAACAAAGGUACUGUUUUAGAAAUGAGGGGGAAAGCAUAUGCCUGACCAAUAGUGUGCUUAGUUUCAAUUCUUCGAAUGCCUUUACUCAUCAUGGUUCUUCAUCAGUGGCAUUUUGCCUUCAUUGGGGCGAUGGACUGAUGUAAAUGGUCAUUUUACUUUCAGCAGAAAUUGAAAGUUAAUGCUUCAAUAAGAAGAGUGGAGCAAAUGUCAUGUGCUGAAUUUAUCACUUGGUUUAGUGAUAUAGGCAUUUGCACUUCUGACUCUGUGCUGAUGGUUUGCGGAAUCUUCCCUACAAACUGGAAAGAAAUUCAUUAUCCCAAUUAUUUAUGUGUAUCAUGGGAUAUAUACUUCCUUUCCAGUUUUGAAAAAAAUUCUUUAUAAUUAAAAUUUCUAAUCCGGUUAAUUACAAAAUGUUGAAACUGUUGUUGCAUCACUGAAGCUGUGAAGCAUGAAAUCUUCCAAGUAUAUUUAAAAAAAAAAAAGAAAACUAAACUGCUGAAAGUGUUGUUACCACUCCAAAGGAAACUGGUGGUAACAUUUUGAGUGGACGAUGUUCAUUUCGAUCUGAAAUUUGUAAAAUAUUUGACUGGAAAAAUAUUCACUUCUUUUUUUCUUUUUUUUUUUGAAAAAGAAAUGAACUAAGUCAAUUUUUUUAGCGUUUUCAUUAUCUUUUUUGGAGAAAUUAUAAUAGAUAUGUUUUAGAGCUAAAUACUAUAUACAUAAUUAAUUAGUUCAGAAUUGUAUUGCUUAGUGUCAUUUUUUUUUGUUUUUGUGAACUGUAUGUUUAUAUAUUUUUUUAGAUUUUUUAUUCUUUUUUAUGCUUGCCUAUGAAUUGAUAUGGAAAGACCUCAGAGACUUGCAACUCCUUCCUUCCUUACCUAUCUUUUAUAGAGUACUUUUUGUUAUUUUUACAGUCACUGUCUUCUCAAUGAAAGAACAAAGUAGUUUAUGUCAAUGAAAUUCGGUUCUUUUCUUGUUUAUGUAAAAUUAUUGCUCCAAGAACUAAAAGAAAUUUCUUAGGCAAAACAUUAGCUUGCAGUUAUGAUAAUAUGUACCAAUUAUUCUUUAAAAAUUUUUUUUAUAUAAGCAUUGAAAAUUUCAAACAUUGUUUAAAACAGCGAUUAUUUAUUGGUAAGUGCAUUUUAUAAUAAUAAUAAUAAAAAAGAUCAGUUUUAAAAAUUUGUUUCUAUGCAAAAGAAUAUUUAGCAUUGGAUAAAAUUUGCUAAUUUUUCUUUUCCUGGUGUAAAUAUUAAUUUGCAUUUACUUUAUCUCUUUUAAAUGUCUUUUUUGGUAAGAUUUAAUAUAAAUAAGCAUAAUUUGAUCAUAAAUUGUUUAAUAUUUUAGCUUAUUGCUUAAAAAAAAUCUUAUUUUAUUGUGUGAUUUGAAUGACAAUAAGGCUGCCAUUGGCAUUUUGAAAAAGACAAAGUUCUGGUUAAUGUACAUUAUUUUACAAAAUGACCCCUUUAUUAUUUUGUUAAACAAAUUUCAGCUUAUUAAUAAAAUUAGGUGUUACAUUUGUAUAUAUUUAAUUUUAGAAUCAAUAGAUGCAUCAACUUAUUAUAAUAUCAAAAAGAAAAAUUAUAUUUUGAUAUUUCUCCAAAUAAAAGUCAAGAGAAUCUUCUAAAAUAUUGGGUUAUAUGAUGUUACUUAUUGUUAAUUGAUUUAUGCCGAAGAAAACGAAUGUUAAAAGUAUGACUGUUUAUUGUUGUGAACAUUUUAUUUUAUUCUUAAAAAUUUGCAUAAAAAUAUACACAUGCAAAAAAAAAUAUUUUUUGAUGCACCACUUUUUGAUAGGAUUUGAAUAAUUCUUUUUUGAACAAUUCUUUUGUUUUGAUUGUAUAUAAUAUGAAACAUGUUUCAUAAAAAAUAAAAUGCUAUUAAAAAUUGCAUUAAAUAUUCCAGAGUGAAGCAAAAAUCAAUUGAGUAUUCUUUUUUCAUAACAAUCGUAUACCUCUUGCAUAAUGCUAUAUGGAGAUUUUAAUUUUUAUUAAAGUUGAAUUUU